AUGAAUUCCCUCUCUCAGGAGCAGCUGGACCAGCUGAUGCAGCAAGCCAAAUCGUUUUCAAAAGUCACAAGGUCAAUGUAUGAUGAAGAAGUCAAGAAGGGCAUUGCAGAGGGAAUGGGUGACAAUUCCCUUGACCAGACACUGUGGAGCGCCAUCCAUUCCGCAACCAAGCGCACCGCCAACUUGGACAUUCCCUUUGCUGGGCUUGAAGUAACGCUCCAUGACCUGUGGUACGUGUGUAUUCAAGCAACAAAGAAUAUACACAGUUCCAACCUCAAGCAGGAUCAAAUUCUCCGCUAUCUUAUGAGCGCCAAGGCAAUGGGACCUCUUCGACGCACAACGCCAAGCUCGGAACCUGGCAAUGCUUCCACGACUAAGAGAGGAGAGAUAAUCACCUUCUCUGAUGGCCACAGAUUCUGGUCUGAUUUGCCAUUCUUUGGUCAAGACCUUAUAGACGAGUUCGCCAAUUCCUAUUAUCAGAGGAAACAUUACGAUGAGUCCCAACGCGCGAACUUUGCAGCAUUUAUCGGACGGCUCCUUUCAGUUGCUAUCUAUGACGGUCCUGCUCUCUGUACACUCUCGCUUUUCCAGCAAGCGUUGGAGACGCCUCGACCGUUGGUAUCGGUGGUCGGGGACAAGGAGAGUGGUGAUAGAGUGUUGCCCGUACAAGACUUGCUUCAUGCCCUCCGGCAAUUGGCCCAUUACUCGCAAAAUAGCAUUGUCAUCUUAGCCAAUAUUCCUGGAGCUGCUACUGACACGCCCAAUGUUGUCUAUGAUGGCUUCCCGCAAAUGUCUGGCCUUGGCGAAUUGGCAAAACAGGCUGGUACAAUUACUUCCCCAUCUGGUUAUAGUGCUGAACGUUUUGAAUUCUGGAUCCAGCGGCUUCAGCAACUCUCGCAGUGUGAGGUUGAAAGUAUCGCAGAUGAUGCAAAGGAAUGUUUAACUGUAUUGGAGAUUGCACAGGAUGAUAUCGGUCCUCUCACCGAGUAG